AGAAAGGUUCUUAGGAAUUAGGACAGUGUCAAUUUGGGCAUGUUGCACAACUUGGAUAUUUUGUGGCAUAUGUGUUUAAUUUACCUGAUGGCAUGAGUAGGCAUUGAUAUCAGCAGGCUUGUCUAACAAAAUUUGAUUGUUGAACAAUCAAGUUAGGUGACAAUGCUGAACAUGAUUUGUCCUCUAUGCUGAUUGCUAACUUAUGGUCAGCAUUGUUAUGCAACUCAGUUUUUCAAAACUGUGUUCAAAUGUGAUCAGUUUUUGACAUGCAGACAUGCUCAGUGGAACUACUAGUUUGUGUAAUCCCUGUAUUAGACUGUAGUGAAGGCUACUGUGUCAGGAUGUAAACGGAAACCUACUAAGCUACACAUGCAGUGGGAAAAAGAGAAAUAGAAGUUACUGCAUACCUGAAAUGUGGCUGAGUUAAUAUUGGUUUAAGAACUUUAACUUCUGCACUUUGUAUUUUUAUUUUAACUGCAGCCAUAAAUCUAGCUAUAGAGGGCUUUUUAUUCAGUUAAUAAAGUAUAUGGGGUAAGAAAACGACAUAAUAGCAAAAUAUAUAUUGUUCAUGAGCAGAAUUCUUGCAAAUGUUCUUCAUUUGCACAUGGCAUUGCUAAUUUUUCACACCAUUUUCAACAUAUCCUAAAAUACAGAGGGAUCAGAAAUUGGAGCUUUCCUACUAACUAGCAUUCACAUUUUUAAUAUGUGGUUCAAAGUCACAUGUCUGUGCAUUUUUCAUUUUUCCCAGAGAUUUCUUUCUGCAUUAUUUAAGUCUCGCAUCCUUAAAUUGUGAAACUUAUCCCAGCUAUUAACAUUACUGAACAUGUGCAAUAACUGUAACUGUGCAAGAAGAUAACCAGUUAGAUAUGCAGUUGAUCAUUUGUAUGUACAGUUCCUGCAGCGGUCGAUGUGCAGAUGUAGUAAUUGUGCAUAUGCACAGAUCUGAAAAUUUGAGCUUUAAAGUCCGUGUACAUCAAUGCAUUUAAUUGUCCUGAUUGAUCUGGAUACUAUUGAUGUCAGCAACUUAAACAGGCAGUUUUUGUUUCAAAAGAAACAUGUUGGGAGAUCAAAAGCACAGGUGGCUAAGGAAAGCGUGUUACAGUUUUACCCAGAAGCUAAUAUUAUAGCUUAUCAUGACAGUAUCAUGAACCCUGACUAUAAUGUAGAAUUCUUCCGGCAGUUUACAUUGGUUAUGAAUGCUUUGGAUAACAGAGCUGCACGUAACCAUGUGAACAGGAUGUGUCUGGCUGCUGAUGUUCCUCUUAUAGAGAGUGGAACUGCAGGCUACCUUGGACAAGUAACAGUUAUCAAAAAAGGAGUGACAGAGUGUUAUGAAUGUCAUCCUAAACCAACUCAGAAGACUUUUCCAGGCUGCACAAUUCGCAACACUCCAUCAGAACCUAUCCACUGCAUUGUGUGGGCAAAGUAUUUGUUCAAUCAGUUGUUUGGUGAAGAAGAUGCUGAUCAGGAAGUAUCCCCUGACAGAGCUGAUCCUGAAGCUGCCUGGGAGCCAACAGAAGCAGGAGCAAGAGCAUCUAAUGAAGAUGGUGAUAUUAAACGUGUUUCAACUAAGGAAUGGGCUAAAUCCACUGGAUAUGAUCCAGUUAAACUUUUCACUAAGCUUUUCAAAGAUGAUAUCAGAUAUCUGUUGACAAUGGAUAAACUGUGGAAAAAAAGGAAACCUCCAGUGCCAUUGGAUUGGACUGAAGUACAGAAUCAAGAGAAAAACAUGUCUGAUCAACAGAAUGACUCCUCUUUAGGCCUGAAAGACCAACAGGUUCUGGAUGUCAAGAGCUAUGCACGUCUGUUUUCAAAGAGUGUUGAAACUCUGAGAGUUCACCUAGCUGAAAAAGGUGAUGGAGCUGAGCUUAUAUGGGAUAAGGAUGACCCAUCUGCAAUGGAUUUUGUUACUUCUGCUGCAAACCUCAGGAUGCACAUUUUCAGUAUGAAUAUGAAGAGCAGAUUUGAUAUCAAGUCAAUGGCAGGAAAUAUAAUCCCUGCUAUAGCUACAACUAAUGCAGUGAUAGCUGGUUUGAUAGUGCUGGAGGGCUUGAAGAUUUUAUCAGGAAAAAUAGACCAAUGUAGAACGAUUUUUCUGAACAAACAACCAAACCCAAGAAAGAAGCUACUUGUUCCUUGUGCAUUGGAUCCUCCAAAUCCCAAUUGUUAUGUGUGUGCAAGUAAACCAGAAGUGACAGUGAAACUUAAUGUACACAAGGUUACUGUUUUGACAUUACAGGAUAAGAUAGUGAAAGAAAAAUUUGCUAUGGUAGCACCAGAUGUACAGAUAGAUGAUGGAAAAGGGACUAUUCUCAUAUCUUCAGAGGAGGGAGAAACAGAAGCAAAUAACCACAGGAAGUUAUCAGAAUUUGGAAUUCGGAAUGGCACUCGGCUACAAGCGGAUGAUUUCCUGCAGGACUAUACCCUAUUAAUUAAUGUGCUUCAUAGUGAAGAUCUAGAAAAAGAUGUAGAAUUUGAAGUUGUUGGAGACGGUCCAGAAAAAGUUGGCCCCAAACCAUCAGAACCAAUUUCUAGGAACAUUACCAAUGGUAGUGAUGAUGGAGCACAGCCAUCAACUUCAACAGCUCCAGAUCAAGAUGAUGUAUUGAUUGUUGACUCUGAUGAUGAAGGUCCUUCAAGCAAUACUGAUGAUGAUAUGGAAAAUAAAAACCGCAAGAGAAAACUAGAAGAUAGAGAGCAUGUCAGUACAAAGAGAAUGCGUUCAGACCAGACAGAAGAGCAAGAUGACAUAAUAGCGCUAGACUGAGUGCAAAUACCCAACGAUAGAACAAUCUAUAAUUGUAAUGUAAUACAAUAAGAUGUUACUUUGGGGUGUGUUAAAUGUCCAGAACUAGACUAUUUUUAUGGCCUUUGUUCCCAGGGAGAAUCACACCACUGGCUUACAGAAUUUGUGUCCAUUCCUCUUGAUGGUAAAGCACUCAUUUCAAUAGAAUCUUAGAAGUUUUCCAAUAUCCUAUAUUAAAUGUAGUAGAAACUUAGUUUAUAAAUACUUAAACAUAAGUAUUUGCUUAAACUGUCAUGAAGACAAAGCAUGUUAUUUUUAUGUAAAUACGUUUAGAUAUAAUUCAUUAGGACAAAACUACUCUUGUUUAGUAAAGGGUCAUCAUUGAAACCCAGAUUUAUAAAUAUUAGAUUUUUAUUUUGGCUAGACAUAAAAUAUUUUUAGCCUAGGUCUAACCAUUUUUCACACCCUCAACUAAUUUGAGAUAGCAGAUUCUUUAAAAACAGAAAUAAGAAGUGCUAUGUUUAAACUCUCUGAUCUUAAACAUCAGCUGGCACUGUGUACAUUACUGUAAAACAAUGUUAAUUUACUCAAGUUUUUCAGCACGUACUGCCUGGUAUGUCAAUGUAAGAAACAAAUUUUGUGUAUUGUUACAGUUUCAGGUUAUUUAUAUUUGCUGUUUUGUAAAACUCAAAUACUAUUACUAUACUGUACAUCUCAUGGACCAAAUAAAUGACAUCUGAAAUACUUGCUA